AUGGCCGGGGCUGGGAUCUCGACGGCUGCUGGAAUUCCUGACUUCCGUAGUCCGAAAACCGGGUUCUACAAUAGCCUCGCCGAACACUACACUCAGCCGGAAGAUUUAUUCAAACUCGAAUUUUUUAAAGACAACCCGGCUCCAUUUUUUUUCAACAUUAAGGGACUGCUGCCUGGACAGUACAAACCUACCGCGUCCCAUUAUUUCAUCAGGUUGCUGCACGAAAAGGGCGUCCUUUUGCGCCAUUAUACUCAAAACAUCGACAGUCUGGAGAUCUUGGCCGGAAUUCCAGAAGAAAAGGUCGUGGAAGCGCACGGGACCUUCCGCACGUCGCAUUGCAUGAGCUGCAAAAAAGAGUACAAACUUGACUGGCUUAAAGCGCAACUUGCCACUGACGAUAAAGAUUUCGUCCCAAAGUGUAGAUGUUGCAAGGGAAUUGUCAAGCCUGACACCACAUUCUUCGGCGAGGAUUUGCCUGAACGUUUUUACAGUUGUACAGAGGUGGAUUUCCCCGCGUGCGAUCUCCUUAUUAUUCUGGGAACAUCGCUCGUUGUUCACCCCUUUGCGAGCCAAGUCGACAAGUUUGUAUAA